CUGAAGCCACCUGUAGCGGAUCUCUAACCUCCAAAGGAAAUAAACCUCCGAAAGCCACCGAGUUAACGGACCUAAACCUCUUGACACGGAAGACGUCUUCUGUUUUCUGUUUUUUUUUUGCAUUAUCAAUAACUUUUAUUAUUAUUAUUAUUUGUAUGAGCGACAUUUAAAUAGAGAACUAUGUUACUGACGCAUCGACUAUUCCUAUUAAUAUCAAUCUCGACUUCAGUGGACAUAGUAGCAGCAGCAUUGUGUCUAACAUCUGUAAUAGGCACAUCCACCAUGAGCCCCAUCGCAAGCAUGACUGCCUCGAUAACGCCACCAGGUUUAUCUAGCACAGAUUCAACCGAUAAUUCAGCAGACAGCCCAAUCAAUGCUACCGCUACUGCUACUGUUGCAGUAACAAGCAUUGCAUCUGAGAAUACAACUGCAUCAUUCACAAACAAUGCCACCACCCCACUGCUGUCGACGCAUGCUGGCAAUGUCACAUCUCCACCUUUAUCUACUCAAGGCAACGUGACAAGCUCAUCUACAGUUACACAAGAAAUUGCUACUAGUUCAUCAGUGAGUACACCAGGAAAUGCCACAGCUUCACCUGCACCUAUAACAACAGCAGCAGCCAGCUCCACAAGUCCACUUGUACCUACAACGGAGAAUGCUACAAACUAUCCUGUAACUACACCAGGCAAUACCACAACUACUCCUUUACCUGAGCCAGGCAACAGCACAACCCCAUCCCAAACUACAAGAGACAAUGACACUACUCCUCCCAUUAGCACAGCAAACAACAGCACAGCUUCACCAGUUACAACACCAAGCAUUGUCACAAUUACAACACAGAGUACAUCAGGUAAUGCCACAACAGCAAACAAUGCAACAACUCCACCCUUAACCACAGAUAUUUCAAAUCUAAGUACACCAGGGAAUAAUGCAACAGUAAAUGCUACUGCACCACCUCAAACGACAACAGUAAAUGCUACUACACCACUCCUAACUACACCAGUAACUGCUACCACACCACCUCUAACAACAACAGAGAAUCAAGCAACAGUAAACGUUACCACACCACCUAUAACUACACCUGGGAAUAAUACAAUAAUAAAUGUUACCACACCAUCCAUGACUUCACCAGUAAAUGUUACUACGCCACCUUUAACUACACCAGAGAAUAAUGCAACAGCAAAUGCUACUACACCACCCAUGACUACACCAGGGAUCGAUGUAACAGUAAAUGUUACCACACCACCCAUCACUACUCCAGUAAAUGCUACUACACCACCUCUAACUACACCAGUGAACAAUGCAACAGCAAAUGCCACCACACCACCGAUAACUACACCAGUAAAUGCUAAUACACCAACUCUAACUACAUCGUUGAACAAUGCGACAGGGAAUGCCACUACACCACCCAUAACUACAACAGUAAAUGCUACUACACCAUCCCUAACUACGCCAGGGAACAAUGCAACAACAUAUGCCACCACACCACCCAUAUUUUGAACAGUAAAUUAUAAUAGUAAACCUAUAACUACAUCAGCGAACAAUGCAACAGGGAAUGCCACCACACCACCCAUAACUACACCAGUAAAUAUUACUACACCAUCCCUAACUACGCCAGGAGACAAUGCAACAACAAAUGCCACCACACCACCGAUAACUACACCAGUAAAUGCUACUACACCACCUAUAACUACAUCAGCGAACAAUGCAACAGGGAAUGCCACCACACCACCCAUGACUACACCAGUACAUGCUACUACACCAUCCCUAACUACGCCAGGGAACAAUGCAACAACAAAUGCUACCACACCACCAAUAACUACACCAGUAAAUGCUACUACACCACCUACAACUACAUUAGCAAACAAUGCAACAGGGAAUGCCACCACACCACCCAUCACUACAGCAGUAAAUGCUACUACACCAUCCCUAACUACACCAGGGAACAAUGCAACAGCAAAUGCCACCACACCACCAAUAUCUACUCCAGUAAAUGCUACAACACCACCCCUGACUACACCAGGGAACAAUGCAACAUUAAACACUACCACACCACCCAUAGCUACGCCAGGAAAUACUACAACACCACCCCUGACUACACCAGGGAACAAUGCAACAUUAAACACUACCACACCACCCAUAGCUACACCAGGAAAUACUACAACAGGGAAUGCUACCCCACCACCUCAGUCUACACCAGGAAAUGCUACUACACCACCCAUAACCAACUCAACGACUGGACCCACUGUUUCUACUACUAACCCAACUAACACUACAACCACACCAGCUACCUGUCCUGCAGUGCCCUGCCCACUUCUCAGUGUCUGUGUGAACUCCAUCUGUCAGUGUGUGACAGGAACUAUUCCUUUAAAUAAUGCCUGUGUGGAAACUAAAACCUUCCCUAGUACACUGCGGGUGAACCGCACUUUUGAAGAGGCUAUGAACAAUCCACAAUCACCUGAAUUCCAGAAAACCGCAAAAGAGGUCAUUGCUGCGGUAAAUGAAGCUCUGCGUAACCAGCCAAACUACAUUAACAGCACAGUAAUAAAGUUGAUGUCUGGCAGUAUAGUGGCCACAGUAAACAGUUUUUUUGAGCCCAGUUCUCCAGUCACACAGGAACUGGUUACAUCUGCCAUGAAUACUGCUAUAAGUGAUUGUGAGAAGACAAACUGUGGCAUUCUUGCUAAUGCUCAAUACACUGAAACCAAUCUGUGUGAUCAAGAUCCUCGUCCUUGUGAUGUUGACACUACAGAGUGUUUGGCCAAAGAUGGGACACCUGAUUGUAUCUGCAAACCUGGCCAUAUAUCUAGCCUUUACCAGUCCAGAAGCUGUAGAGUUUGCCCUAGUGGCUACAAAGCGCAGGAGGACAUGUGUGUUCGAUGUCCAUUUGGCUAUUCUGGAUUCAACUGUGAUGACUCCUCUUUGUUGGCUCUAGUGGUGGUGGCGUGUGUGUUAGGGGGAAUUCUGCUCAUUGUGAUUUUGGCUGUUCUCAUCUACAUCUGUGUGACUCGUAGCAAGAAGAAGUCAAGCAGCAAUUAUUACAACAGCCCGUUCCCUGCUGAGGAGUUCCGGGCCACGUGGCCCUCUCAGGACAUCGGCCAUAUUCCACGUGCCACUCUGACAUCUAGUUCCAGCAUUGAUGCCACUGGCAACAGUCUAGAGAUGUCUGAAGAGCUAGGCAAGAAAGACCACAGUAAUGGAUUGAAGAUUGGAGGAAAGUCAGGCUCGUAUGACCUCGGAACGGAUGUCAUGAGGACAUUUAAGGACGUAAACCCCACACGCUACUCUUAUCUGGUGGGUCAUGAAAACCCCUACUUCAUACAUGGAGAUGACAAGAGAUGAGGAAAACAGCAGAGAAAGCCAGUGGACAAGAAAAGAGUGCAAUAGCGACAUGAAUUAUAAAAAGGCCUUGGAUCAAAAUGUUUCAGGAACGUUAACACUGUCAAAACUAUACAGCUGAUCACAGACUCAAAGUAUAUACACAAACAGCAUUUGAGAGAUAUGUUUAUAUAUAUAUAUAUAUAUAUAUAUAUAUAACAGUUUUUAUUCUAAAUCCCUUUCACCCAGGAUAAAAUGCUCACUUCUUAAAAGUGCAUUGAUGAUUGGGUUUUUUUCUACCACAAGCUUGAUAAACAUGUCCUGUGUAUAACAAUGUGAGAUGAAUGCUUAACCAUUUACAUUUAUGCAUUUAUCCAAAGUGACUUACAGUGUAUUCAGGCUAACAUUUUUUACGUAAAGUGUUCCCUGGGAAUUGAACCCACAACCUUUUGCACUGCUAACACAAUGCUCUACCACUGAGCCACAGGAACACAGCAGUCAUCUUUUUUUAACCACUCAUCUUUUUUUUGUCACUUCUUAUGUUUUGUCUGCACAUUUCAUAUUCAGAGUUCUGUUAUCUGACAGAGAUCAUGCAUGUUACUGUGGUUUUCAACUCAAAAUACGUUAUUAUAAAGGAUGUAAUAUUAAACCAUAUUUUGGCAUAUUUCUCAUCUGUGCAAGCAAUAAGGGCAGAAUAUAUCAUGUAAUCCCGUAGUUCUGAUGCAUCUGAUCUAUAUUCUGACAGUAACUGCACUUUGUAGGAGAGAGCAUGUCAUGUCUUGUGUCUAUGUGUGUGUAUGUUUCAAAAUUUAUCUAUCAGAAAGACAGAACUGGUACAUUCAGUUAUGAAUUUUUGGUUAAUAUCUCCUCCAAAGAAUUAAUUUAUUUUAUGCCAGGACAAUGCAUGUCACUAGAAAUUGAUCUCUGUGCCUGACUGUGAUGUUGUCUUUUAAAUAGGAGAAUUAUGCAAUGACGAGGAAUAAACAACCAUGUCUCCUCUGUAGUCGUGCCAAUAAUUAUAUUUAUUUAAAUCAGAACAUGACAUUUACUCAGCUGUCUGUUUGCUUCAUAUAUAUAUAUAUGUAUUUAUGUGUAACUGGGAUAUUUUCUAUCUGUACAUAAAGCUUUUGUAAUAAUAAUAAUAAUUGUAUAAAGUGAUUCAUCUUGUUCUGUAUAAUGAAAGGAAAUAAAUUAAUAAUAAAGAUGUAGUUAUCUACAA